AUGGAGAAGCAAGCCAAAAAAAAUCACCAAAUGAUGGAAGAAAUCAAGGAAAUGAAGAGUCCAUUUUCAAAACUGACUAGAUCCUUGGCUAUUUCUGAAAGAGUCAAACUUUCUUCUCAGCCUCAAUUUAAUGCACAAGGGCGGCAUAUGGCUCAAUCCUCCAGCUCUAACAAUCAAAACGUUAAGGAGGUUAAUGCCAUCACAACUAGAAGUGGUAAAGCUUUGGAAGAUCCACCCAUACCAACUACUACUUCAAAAUCUCCAAAUGUUGUCCCUGAGAGUAUGCCAUCCAAUGCUUCUACAAAAGUGCCAUUUCCCCAAGCUCUAAGACCUGUUGGGAAAAUACCUGAAAAUCGAGGAGAAAUCCUUGAGCAUUUGACACAAGUGAAGAUAAAUCUUCCCUUGCUUCAUGUCAUCAAACAAGUGCCAACAUAUGCUAAAAUCAUCAAGGAUCUUUGCACUGUAAAAAGAAAGCAUCGUGUUAAGAAGACUGUUUUCCUAACAGAGCAAGUGAGUGCGGUGAUUGAGCAAAAGAAACCGCCAAAAUACAAAGAUCCUGGUUGUCCCACCAUUUUUUGCCAAAUUGGGACUCAUGAAUUCAGCCAAGCUUUGAUAGACUUAGGAGCGAGUGUAAAUCUCAUGCCUUAUUCUGUCUACUCCCAACUUGGUCUUGGUGAAAUCAAGCCCACUUCUGUAGUCUUACAGCUGGUUGAUCGUUCUAUUAAGAAGCCUCAGGGUAUUGUUGAGGAUGUUCUUGUUCAAGUUGACAAAUUCUAUUACCCCGUUGACUUUCUCAUUCUAGAUACUUAA